CUGAUAUCCCGCCAAAUUCAUGUUUGUCAGUGAAUUUUAUGACCCUUGUCAAUAUAUUUAUGGGUUUUGAUAUAUGAAUUAAUAUAUAUUUUAUUGAAUAAGUGAAGUAAUGGAUUACUCUGAUUCUGUUUCUAAAGGCUUUUUUGUCUAUAUUCCGAAACGUGGGAAAAAAAAGGAACAACUUCAAGAUCCUCUGUCAGAAAUUACCUCUGAAGAUUGGUAUCGGGGUUAUACUAAGGUUUGGCAGAGUAUAGAAAAAAAAUUAAAUAAUAUUGAAGAUGAUGCUAUGAAGGUGCUCCUGAAGGACUUAGUUAAUUUCAUUCAAAAAGCCAAUUUAAGUAUUAAUCAAAUUCCUACUGUUAUUCUUUUAACAGGUGUAAACCUUCCUGAUCACUCUGUGCUUUUCAAUAAAUUCAGAGACAAAUUACAGGAGGAAGUUACUCCCCACGUUGUUAUGUUAUCAUCAAAUGAUUGUACAUCCAUAAAACAUACGUUGGAACACAUAACUUGUCAGUUUAUGAAGAAAAGCGAGGAAUCCAUUGAGAUGGAUAUAGACGACGAUGAUGUAGAAGUUAGUAAUACUUACCUAAAGAAAAGUGAUUGCAAUAUGCCAUCUCUUGUGAAUUGGUAUGAUAAUUUUAAGUCGACUCGUCCUCGACUUGUCAUAGUAUUAAAAGAUUUUGAAGGAUUCCAACCUGCAGUUGUAUGCCAAUUGAUUCUUAUUCUUAGUGGGUAUUUGGAUUGUCUUCCUAUUACUCUUGUCUUUGGAGUUGCAACGACAGAGGCUGCAGUUGGUGAAUCCUUAUCUCAUAAAAUUACAUCGAGGUUAAAUCUGAAGGUAUUCCAGUCCCAGCCGUCAGUUUAUUUCCUCAACAAUACUGUAGAUAAGGUGUUCCUGUCGUCUGCCUGCCCUUUUCAGUUGAGUGGAAAGCUAUUCAAUUUUUUCACAUCUAUAUUUUUAUUUUACGACUUUUCAGUCAACCGUUUCAUUCAUGGUGUAAAGUAUUGUAUUAUGGACCACUUUUACAAAAAUAAAUCAGUUAGCCUUCUCUGCCAGAAAGAAAAUAAACUCAAGAAAAAUGUAUCGAAACUAGAUAAUGAUUGUUUAAAAGAAAUCAGAGAAAUCCCAUCAUUUAAGAAGUAUAUCGAAGAUAGUAAGGAUGACAAACUUGUUACUGAUGAUGAUUAUACGCGGAAAAAAAUAUUAAAGCUGCUCUUAUUAUUGAGGAGGACUCUUGAUGAGUUCUAUAUUGGUCUUCGAGUUCUAUAUAUAUUAGUAAAAGACUUACCUCAGGCGCCAUUCGGUAAGCAAUUUAGAGAAGUUUAUUGUACAGCUAUGUCCAAAGAUAUCACAAAAACAUCAGAAUUUAAAGAAUGUAAUCAGCUCUUGAAAUUUCUGUCAAAAGAUGAGCUGGAAAGUAAAGUACAAGAGAUUUUCAAUAUUCUAAAUGAAGGAAUAUUUUCCGAAAUUGCUGCUGAACUGGAAAAGCUGAAUGAUGAAUUAAAAAAUAUUGGCUUGAAUCCAGUCUCAAACAUGGAGAAAAGUCCAACAAAGAUUGAUUUAAACGUAAAAAAUCGUUCUCAACUAAGAAAGAAAUUGGCUGAGAUGAGUUUGAAAGGUCCAAAAAAAGUUGGUUAUGAGAUCACUAGAGAAAAAAUAAUAGAUUUUCUAAUGGUUUCAUUUUUACCCUCCUACAUUGUACCCUACACUGAAAAGGCAGUUCUUUGGGAAUUAAUUAUGAUUCGGGAUAAAGAUGCUCGAAACAAAGUAGUGCCAAGGAUCCGUGGUCCAAUUCAUACGGCCUUAAAUAAUCCUCAUCAUUACUUAAUGUGUGAAUGUUGUAAACUGGAAGAUGAUGCUGAAAUCGUGUCAACAAUGCCUGACAUCUGUAUAGCCUACAAGCUGCACCUUGAAGGAGGCCCGCUCAUUAACCUUUACGAUUGGCUCCAGUCUUUCUCGACUAUUCUCAAUCCAGAAAGAAGCUUGGAUAAUGUUGAUGACAUUGAUCCAACCACACAAGCUCGUUUUACUCAAGCAGUUGCAGAAUUGGAAUUCCUUGGUUUUAUUAAGUCGUCCAAGGUUAAGCCAGAUCAUGUGGCACGCUUGACUUGGGGCACAAACAAGUAGAGGAGGUGCCUUCUCAAUUAAUUUUAUUCAGUAAUAUAUCUCAGCUGGCUAUGAACAAUUCAGAUCGACUUGAAGUAUAGUGGAUCAAUGAAAUGAAUGAAUUAAUGAACUAGCACUGUUAAAGACGUUAUGUAUUUUAUUAGUUGCAUUGUUUCAUAUAAAUGUAAUUUAAUGGCACUCGACUGACAACUUUUAGCCAUAAUUUUAUUUUUAUGUGUAUUUAUUAAUAUUAACUAUUUUUAUCAGAAUGAAGGGCCAUUUCAUAGUAUUAAUUUAUAACUUAUUGAUUUCAAAGGUGUAAAGUGUAUUGAUUUUAAGUUUAAGCUUAUUUAUUUUGUUACCUGAUCUAUUGUUACUAGUUUGCUUUACAAUAAUUUAAUACAUUUUAUGGAAUUAUGUAAUAUAAUUAAAAAUAUAUUUUUUACCUGUUGUAAUGUUAUUGGUAUAAAUCCAAAGCUUAAACUUUUAUUUUAAUCAGUUUCAAUACGGCUGGAACUUACAUUUUUGAGUGUUUCUGUUAUUUCAAAACUAUAACUUUUUCUCAUGAAAAUUUUCAAUAAAUACAAACAUCAAAAACAUGAACAUCAGCCUCUAAAGGGCUCCAAUUUCUCAUUGAAAGUCUCGUCUGCUCCAACUUAAUAACAAGAUCGGCAUUUUCUGAAAAACUUCAAAUAUGCCAGUCGGUCUAUUUCUUUACGUUUUUGGCGCGUUUCUUGGUCAAAUCUUAG